AUGGCACUACACACUUCCGUUAUCACGACUGGUCCCAUUACUCCCUAUGUGGAGUUGAAGGCGGAUGAGGGUGGAGAAUUCAUUGUUCAUGGACCUACAGAGCCGCCAUUACAGGAGUUAACCACAGCGGAACUAUUGCAGCAACAAUAUGACCGAUACCCGGAGAAAGUGGCAGUAGUCUCUCGAUGGCAGAAAACAACCUUGACUUACCGGUCAUUAUUCGAUUCCAGCCGGGAAAUAGCACAGGCCCUUGUUGCUCAUGGAGUCCGCCCGACUGAUCGUGUGGUCGUGUUGGCAGGAAAUUCCAUUGAGUAUGUCGAAUUAUUGUUUGCGGUUGGUGGGAUCGGAUCAGUCUUUACUAUCAUGAACCCCACAUUCACAGCGGAGGAGGUUCUGGCUACAGUCGAUUCCAUAGGUAUUAUAAGAUUCUUGUUGCUUGUAUACUGGUCGCUAGUCUUCGCAAUUUUUAUCGCGGAUAGGAUUGGUUUCCGCAACAAUGCAAAGCUUCUGAAGGAGCUUGCAGAUAAGCACCAGAAUACUUCACUUAUUGUACAGCUAGGAACAGCUGAGAAAGUGUCUAGUAAUGUUCUCAGUUGGCACGAGCUCUGUCACGUACAGACCAGUAAGACCCAGCCUGAUCUGCAUUCUUUGGAGCAAUAUUGGGGACGAGACCCGCAGGAUGCAUUAUGCAUACAGUUUACCAGUGGUACUACUGGUUCUCGUAAGGCCACAAUAGGCACACAUAGGAACCUCAUCAACAAUGCUUUGCUAGUCGGAUCGCGCCUUGGCUUGACACCAGAUGAUAUAUUAUGCUGUUCUCCACCUUUGUUCCAUUGCUUUGGUCUGGUAUGUGGACCAUUGGCAACAGUGAUCCACGGUAGUACAGUCAUUAUCCCCUCAGAUGUGUUCAACGCAGAUGCAAGUCUCCGGGCCAUGUCCGAAGAAAGUUGCACUGUGGUCAACGCAGUACCAACAAUGUUUCAAGCGAUGCUAGAUCAUGCGAAAGCAAAGACACUUGCGCUUAGACUUUGCCUACGCACUGGUAUUAUCGCGGGCUCGAGCCUUUCUGAGACCCUUAUACAGAGAUUGAGUGUGGAACUGGGACUGACUGGCCUUGCCUAUCCCUUUGACUUAGGUAUGACAGAGCUCUCUUGCGUGAGCUUUAUGACUACACCAUCCAAGGUCUCCCUAUUAAAUGACCGAUCAUCAGUUGGCACUCCUCUACCUCAUACAUCUGCUAAGGUUGUGGAUAGCGACCUGAUAACUCUCCCUCCAGACACUCGGGGAGAACUCCUGGUAUCUGGGUACCUUUUGUUCAGCGGAUAUUACAAGAAUCCCCAGAAAACAGAGGAAGCCAUUGUAAGAGAUGCCCAAGGCCAGCCGUGGCUACGAACGGGCGAUAUCGUAACAUUGAGCGCCUCUGGCGCAUGCGAGAACAUUGCCCCAGGAGACGUUGAGAAGGUCCUCGAGCAGCAUCCGGAUAUUGCAACAGCGGCUGUGGUUGGCAUUCCUAAUGUGCGCUUGGGGGAAAUGAUCACUGCAUUUAUUCAACGCGCGCCAGAUGCCCAAGGAGGGCUCAAGAGCAAGGAUGUCAAGAUAUGGUUGAGAAGUCGGAUCGCCACUCAUAAGAUUCCUGAUCAUGUGCUCUGGAUUGGUGAAGAUGCAGGGGUCCCUGAUCGGUUGCCUGUGAAUGCCAGUGGGAAGGUUCUCAAGACUGAGCUUAGUGCUAUUGCGAGCAGUUUGGUGAGAGGAGAUUUGUGUUAG